AACUGAGAACAGAAUGUCGAAGUUGUCGGUUUGCAAUAUUUUACUCUUGACCAUUUUGGCCCAUGUGGUUGUGGGACAACCCCUUAAGGAUGAGGAACUGGCGCCCAAUGUAAAUCAGGAUGGUCGCAUUGUUGGUGGCUAUGCCGUGGAUAUUACCAAACAUCCGCAUCAGAUUUCGAUGAGGCGCAAGAGUUGUGAAGACUGUACCUACACGCACAGCUGUGGCGGUAGUAUUUACAAGGCCGAUGUCAUUGUGACCGCAGCUCAUUGUGUCAAUGGACGGGUGGCGGAAAAUUUCAUAAUUGUGGCCGGUACCAGUACCCGUAAUGGCGUCGAUGGUGCUGUGUCGCGCGUAAAGAAAAUCGUGAUGCACGAGAAAUACAAUUCAUCCGUGACCGACAAUGAUGUGGCCCUGAUGUUCCUUGCUACUCCAUUGCCUCUGGAUGGCAUUAAAAUGGCUCCCAUUGAAUUGGCCAGCGAAGUUCCGGUACAUGGUUCCAAGUGCACAAUAAGCGGUUGGGGUACCACAUCCUCGGGUGGUGUUUCCUCCAAUCAGCUGUUGGCUGUCGAUGUACCCAUUGUUGAUAAUGAACGCUGCGAUGCUGCCUAUGGUCCAGGACGUAUUACUGAUGCCAUGUUGUGUGCCGGAGUUGAGGGUGUCGGUGGCAAAGAUGCCUGCCAGGGUGAUUCCGGUGGUCCGCUUUUGGUGAAUGGCAAAUUGGCCGGCAUUGUUUCGUGGGGCCGUAGCUGUGCUUUGCCCGAUUAUCCUGGAGUCUAUGCCAAUGUGCCCUAUUUGAGAGAGUGGAUUUUGGAGAAUGUUGCUGCCAAUGUUUAAAUUAAAUAUUUGCAAAAAUAAAUGAAAUUUUUUUUAACAUA